CUGAGGGUUUCCUGCAGAGCGCUGAUCCCGGCUCAGACCGCUCUCCUCCUUUCCUCCUCCCUCGUUCCUCCUCCGUGGGCUGGACCUCGCUGAGCUUUAAACAGCUCCUCACACGUGAGGAUGUGUCCAGAGCAGAGCCGGUCAGCAUGCCGAGUGAAGGAGAACCGAGCGAGGAGAGCUAUUCCAAACGCUGCGUGUCCUGGGUUAAAUCCUACCGGGACAGGAUCGGAGGGAUUUUUCCCUCCAAAAGGAAGACGCUGACCAUCUCCACCGAUGACCCGUCCUACACCGUGCUCUACCUGGGCAGCUCCACCACGCUGCAGGCCAAAGGAGCCGGCUGCACCGACGCUGCGGUCAGUAAGAUCUGGAGGAAGAGCAAAAUGGGCAGGAACGGCUGCAGGAUGCUGCUGACCGUUGGAGCUCAGGGCAUUCGGAUGGAGCACAUGGACGAAAAACAAGCCAAACAGAAGCCGGGUCACCUGUACCUGCUGCACAGGGUCACCUACUGUGCUGCGGACCCCUCGCUGCCCCAAGUGCUGACCUGGGUCUACCGGCACCAAAUAAAACACAAAGCUGUGACUCUGCGCUGCCACGCCGCUCUGCUGACCAAAGCGGACCAGGCCAAAGCCAUGGAGAACCUGCUGAACCGGACGCUGAUGACCGCCCUGACUGAGUUCCAGAGGCUCAAACGCAGGCAGGAUGCCAAACGGCAGCAGCUGCAGCAGGCUGGACACGGAACCGUCCCACUGGUGCCCAUCAGGAAGAUCCUGAACGGACAGAGUUCGUACAGACCGCCGCCCCCAAACACCUGCAGCCACAGUGGUCAGAAACUGUGCUCCAUCACUGAGGAUUCUGUGGGGGAGGAGGAAGAAGAGCGAAACACUGUGUUCCACAGUUACCUGGACGAGGAGUGUUCAGAUGAAGAAGGUGAAGAGGACGUGUACCUGAUCAUCAGUGACCUUCAGGAACUGGACCUUCAAAAUGAAGUAACAUCGCUCAGCGAGAGCUGUGGACAAAGCAUGAGCAGCCAGUCCAGCGAAGAGGUCAGCGAUGAGGAGGCACCGGACACACCUGGACACACAGGUUCAUACCUGUACAGACUGCCUAACACACCUGUACAGACCAGUUAACACACCUGAACAGACUGUCUAACACACUUAUAAAGACUGAUUAACACAUCUGUACACACAGGUUAACAUACCUGUACACACUGAUUGGCACACCUGUACAGAUGCUUAACACACCUACAGAAAGGUUAACACACCUGUACAGAUUGAUUUACACACCUCCGGCCAGGUUAACACACCUGUACAGUGUAAUAAACACAUCUGUACAGACUGAUUAACACAGCUGUACAGGUUUGCACACCUGCAUGUUUUGAACAGAGCCUUUCAUUGUAACCUGUGCCUCGUUAGUUUUUAUCAGUUCAUAUUUUAAUUGGGUAAAUCAUUGUGUUCUGUAAAUCAUUGUGCUGUUUAUGUCAGUGUUUCCCACCACAGUCUUUAGGUGAACCACUAUGUGGUCCACUUUUUGGUUCUCUAUCUGCUCCCAGCACAUCUUCACCAGGUAUUCUGUUCUAGAUAGCUCAGUUCAGUGUGCUGGGAGCAGCAGUAGAGUGUGACCCGUGUGCAGGGCUGGGCUGGGAAACACUGCUGAACAUGAACAGCCGGCUGUAGCUGAGCUGCUCUGCACUGAGCUGGUCCUGAAUGCAGUGUUUAUGUUUUGAUUUGUGUGAAUGUGAAUAAUAUAGACUGUAAUUAAUAUUUGCUGUGCAAACGUUUAAGCGUCUGUGAGUAUUUGCUUGCUGUAAAUAGACAGGCUUUAGUACUGUAUUAGAUACAGUGACUGUGGGGAAGUAACUGCGAUCGAGCUGUGAUUGUUUACUGUUAUUUAUCAAUAAACACUGAAUUAUAAACACA